CUUGAGAGCGGCGUUUCCCGUGAGCCCGCGGGCGCUCGAGGACUACGACUCCCGGCAUGCUCCGAGGCCGCUGGGUUAACCCUUCGGGGCCUGCAGCCUCCUCUCAGCGCCCCGCCUCCGUCCUUACCUGGACGCCGCAGGAGAUGGGUGCCCCCAUCGGCACACUGUCCUUUGGCCACCGGACAUCAUGCCUCCCAAGAAGGAUGUUCCUGUGAAGAAACCUGCAGGACCCUCUAUUGCCAAGCCUGCUGCCAAACCAGCAGCAGCGGCGGCCCCUCCAGCCAAGACCAAGGCUGAGCCAGCUCCAGCUGCCCCUCCAGCCCCUCAGAAAACCCAGGAGCCCCCCAUCGAUCUCUCCAAAGUGGUGAUCGAGUUUAACAAGGACCAGCUGGAGGAGUUCAAGGAGGCCUUUGAGCUGUUUGAUCGAGUAGGGGAUGGCAAGAUCCUGUACGGUCAGUGUGGGGACGUGAUGAGGGCCCUGGGCCAGAACCCCACCAACGCCGAGGUGCUCAAGGUCCUGGGGAACCCCAAGAGUGAUGAGCUGAAGUCCCGGCGUGUGGACUUUGAGACCUUCCUGCCCAUGCUCCAGGCCGUAGCCAAAAACCGGGACCAAGGCACAUAUGAGGACUACCUGGAGGGGCUUCGGGUGUUUGACAAAGAGGGGAACGGCAAAGUCAUGGGAGCAGAGCUCAGACAUGUCCUCACCACCCUGGGAGAAAGGAUGACUGAAGAGGAGGUGGAGACUGUUCUAGCAGGACACGAGGACAGCAAUGGCUGCAUCAACUAUGAAGCCUUCCUGAAGCACAUCCUAAGCGUCUGAGCUCUACAGAUGCGGUGGGGUCGGACACCACCCCCCCUUCCCCGGCUGGCGGAAGCACGUUCCUGCCACUAGGAGGCCACCUAUUGUUUCAAAAUAAAGAGACGUUUCCUCUCUA